CAUAGUACAUAACUUUUCGCCGUAGUGUAAACAUUACUUCAUUUUAAGGCGUUUUUUUUUCUUAAUUCUUAAUUAUAUACUAAGCGUGUACGCAUAAAGAAAAAAUAGUUUUUAAAAAAUUACUUUAUCAUGGCAUCAAUAAAAUCAAAUGGUAAAGCAACAACCACUAUCAGCUCAACUUGUGCCAAAAAGACAGGAAACCCAGUGCAACGGAAUUAAAGCAAAAGAUUCAGAUAAAUUAAACAACAUUUUCAAUUACGUUAUUCUCGGUACAAAAAUUGUUUUUGGAAUAGUCUACACUGUGUACACUUAUUUACAAUUACUAUUAACGACAUUUUAUUGUGCUGAAAAGACGCUACGAAAUAAAAUCAUUCUAGUGACUGGAGCAGGUAGAGGUCUUGGUAGGGAAAUUAGCUUGCAAUUAUCCAGAGAAGGUGCUCGAGUAAUAUGCGUAGACAUAAACACGGAAGGAGUAAAGGAAACAUGCGAGAUGAUUAAAAAUGAGCAAAAUAUUGAUGAUUUGCAUACAGAAUAUUACACAACAAACGUAGCAGAUCCAGUUCAGGUUAAAGAGUUAGCUAAGACAGUGGAAAAUAAAUGGGGUCGAGUUGAUAUCUUGAUAAAUAACGCUGGUAUAGUGGCCAGUACACCGUUGUUGGAAGUGACAGAUGACAGUUUACGACGAAUGGUCGACGUCAACCUCGUAUCUCAAUUUUGGAUGGUUCGCGCGUUUUUACCAAAUAUGCUUAGAAUAAAUUCAGGUCAUAUUGUUGCAACUUCUUCCAUUGCAGCUUUCAGUUGCGCAGCUAAUAUUGCGCCCUACACUGCUACGAAAUAUGGAGUAACUGGAUUUAUGAGUUGUUUGGGGGAAGAACUAAGAGCAAAUCCAAAUAAUAAAAUCUUAACUACCACUAUCCAUCCAUUUUUCUUAGACUCAGAACCAAUUAAAGUAAAACAUUGGGAUGUUAAGUCUGUACUACCAAGUUUAUCUAUACCUGAAGUUGCUACGGCUGCAAUUCGCGGAAUAAAAAAAAAUCAUGUAGUUGUUUCAAUACCUGAAGUUUUAAAAUUUAGUAUGAGUUUUUUAUGGCUUAUGCCCCAAGCAGCUCAAAACUACUGGAGGGAUAUAUUUAAAGCGGAAAUAGACACAGUGUAAAUUUAAUUUAGGAUUAUUUUUAAUUCUUUACUAAAAAGAAAUUUAAGUAUAAAAAUAAAACGUGAUUGUAUAAUUUAUUAAUUAUAUAAUAAAUAUAAAAAAAAUUGUUAGUAUUAAGCAAAGAAUGUAGAAAAUUGUGUGUCAGUUACUCAUAUUAAUUAGGGUAAUGUAAAUGUCAUGUUAAAAAAUAAAUAUAAUUG